CGCGUCGCCCAGCACGUCUCGCGAUCUCGAAUUCGCUACACGCUUGACACGCUUGACACGCUUGACACGUUUGACACCCCAACACAAUGGACGACGCAACCACCGAGCUGACGGAGCGCUUCGAGCGCUACUGCGACACCAAAGACGAUGCACUGCCCUCGGACCUCCUCACAGAAUUGCAGUCGAUAAUGCGCCUGUACUCCAUCUCGCCCGAAGAGCUGGAUUUCAAAUGGCAGGCCUACAGCAUGAAAAUGGGAGGGGAGGACAACAAGAUCGAUCUGAAGAGCGCGCGAGACUUCAAGAAGACUAUCCAGGACUCACUCGAGCGCGAGAGCAGAGGAAAGGCACAGCAACGGAACGACGUCAAGCGGGGUCAGCCGGCGCCGAGGACAAAGGGCGGCGAUGUAUAUGACAUAUUAGAAGGACUCGUGCCAAACACACCGCGUGCCAGUGCUCCAAAUGGCGUCAAUGGCAGCACCGUCAAGCGCAAGGCAAACUUCGAUACACCAUCUAGCAAAUUCAACAAGGCACACAUAAUGAGCUCGCCGGGUGGAGCCAUGACACCAAAGAGCGAGGCUCCUGGUGCACUCACCUUCGACUUCGCCUCUCGAACCACCGCAAACGAAAUCACCGAACAGUUCAUGAACGGCGACAUCAGCCUUCCAGACCCUCCCUCGGAAAACCCAACAGAACCCCGCGUAAAACUAAAGGCCAACACCGACAUGUCCAAAUUCUCGUACCGCACCAUGGCCAUGAAGCUCUCAGAAGCAUCCGAAGUGCUCGACGACCGAAUCGACGAGUUUCGAGAGCUGAUCAAAGAGUCCAUGGGCCUGGACGACAGCGCAUUCGGAAACCCAGACUACCAGUCGCCGAGCGAAAUCAUCGCCGUUGGACGCAUAGCAAACGACACCAGCGAGGGGAAGCUAAACACCGCCUCACUGGUCCUCGAAGGCUCGCGACGGUACGGCUCAGGACGCCGUGUGCCCCUGAAAGUCGACGAACUGCCAUCCUACAACUUCUUCCCCGGCCAAAUCGUCGCUUUACGCGGCACAAACGCAUCAGGCUCCACCUUCGUCGUCUCCGAGAUCCUCCCCCUCCCACUGCUAAACAUCCCCGCCACAAAACCAGACGAACUAGACGCAAUCAACGCCCGCUACCUCGACACGCCCGAGUCGGACCCCUCGAACCCGCGCCCACUGACCAUGCUAAUCGCAGCCGGCCCCUACACAACAGACCAAAACCUCGACUUCUCCCCCCUCCACACAUUCCUCGACAACGCCGCCGAAAGCCACGCAGACUCCAUCAUCCUACUAGGCCCCUUCCUCGACGCAGAGCACCCACAGAUCCGCACAGGCGACUUCGACACACCGCCCAACGCAGCCCCCGACCAAGCCACACUAACAGACCUCUUCCGCCACCACAUCUCCUCCGCCCUAACAGCCUUCGUCGCCCGCCUCCCAACCUGCAACGUCAUCCUCGUCCCCAGCCUGCGCGACGCACACCACCACCAAGCCGCCUUCCCGCAGGACAAGUUUAUAAAAAAGGAGCUCGGCCUCGGCCCCGCGGGCAAAAUGGUCCAAUGCGUGACUAACCCCAUGACGCUCAGCAUGAACGAAAUCACCGUCGGCAUGUCCAGUAUCGAUAUCCUCGAUAUGCUGCGUAGGGAGGAAUUGUCUGCCGGGAAAGCGCGCGGUAUGAACCCCUACGAGCGCUGUGCGCGCAAUGUCAUCGAGCAGCGCAAUUUUUUGCCGCUUUUCCCGCCUACUGCGCGUGAGAAGGUGCUUGCGCCUUCGGUCGUGGAGCAGAAACUGCUUAAUGCUGGUGCGAAGAAAGAAGAUAAUGAUGGGGGGGUGGAGGACGACGAAGCGCCCAGUCCGUUCCUCCCCCUCGGCACUAUGCUCGAUACAAGUUACCUCAAGCUCGGCGAGAUGCUGAACGUUAGGCCUGAUAUUUUGAUCACGCCUAGUGCGUUGCAGGGCACUGUUAAGGUCGUCGAGUGUGUCCUUGUUGUUAAUCCGGGGACACUGACGAAGCGGCGUGGAGCGGGCACGUUUGCGCGUGUGAUUAUUCAACCAGCGCGUGUUACUGACGAGGAGAGGGAGAGGGGGGUGUCGGUUGGGCAUAAGCUGUGGGAGAGGACGAGAGUGGAUAUUGUGAGGAUAUAAAUGUAUAUGUAUGACAGGGGAGAGAUGGGUUUAUGUAGUGACAAUGAAAAGGGAUUGGAUUGGGUUGGGUUGAAUUGGAAUAGCGUAGGGAAAAGAGAUCUCGGAUAGUCUCGUCCGUUGUUCGAGAUCUUGGGUGAAUUGAAGAUCGGU